UUUGGUUUCACCAUGCUCAACAUGAUGGUGGACGGCUGCGAUUUACGAUGUGUUUCCAUGACCAAGUUUGAUUUCAUUCACUUCUGGGCGUCAUCGAUUCAUAUUCUAUAGCUUGUGUUUAAACUUCACUUUGAUCAAAAAGACGGGGAAAUGUCAGAUGACAACAGCACACACGUUCUCAACAUGACCGCAUGUGAAGGAAUUAACCUUCGUUUUACGCACAGAUUUUUACCUGCUAUGUUCAUGCUGGUGUUUGUCGUCGGGACAUUUGCAAACUUCUGUGGGUUAAAAACUGUUUGUACAAGCUGGAAGAAAAUUGGGAGUAUAAACAUAUUCAUUCUCAACCUUGGAAUAGCUGACUUGCUGUACUUAUUUACCUUACCAUUUUUGGUUGUCUAUUACGCGCUAAACAGUAAAUGGAUAUUUGGACAAACAUUCUGCAAGAUCACCAGAUUCUGCUUCAAUUUGAAUCUCUAUGGCAGCAUUGGGUUCCUGACAUGCAUCAGUAUCUAUCGAUACCUCGGUAUUGUGCACCCAAUGAAAGUGAUGGGGAAAAUCCACACUCGCCACUCAGUGGCAAUGAGUUUUCUUGUCUGGAUUUUGGUUUUCAUUCAGAUACUUCCCGAUAUGUUCUUUGACAAGACAGCGCAAAAUUCCUCAUAUUCGUGCUAUGACUCAACAGCCGACGACUUUAUCAAGGAUUACCUUCCGUACAGUAUUGGCUGGACCAUUACCGGAUUCGUUAUACCAUUACUGAUCAUUCUGGCUUGCUAUGGACAUAUAGUAGUGGUCCUUGCCACCAAAGCCAAUGUAAAUACGUUGUUGAAACAACGAUGUCUAAAACUAGUCAUCAUCUUGACUGUGUUGUUCUCAAUUUGCUUUAUCCCUUAUCAUGUUUUGAGAAAUCUAAAUUUGAAAAUAAGGAUUUUGAAAAUGGAAGGCACCUGCAAAGCAAGCUUCGAUGAUAUUUAUGUUGCUCAUCAAAUCAGCCGCGGUCUGGUUUGCAUGAAUAGCGCAAUCAAUCCGUUAAUUUAUUUAGUUGGAAAUGAUGAUUUCAUCAUGCGUUUUCAUAAUCUCAGCAAACAAGCCAGGAUGUCUCUUGUUCAAUGGACUGGUGCCGUGAUUUACCGCAAUACACCCGAGGCAGAUCCAGCAACAGAAGAAUCUUAACCAGUAAACUUUGACCAGCUAGUUAUUUAAAACCUAAACUUGACUGUCAGCUAUUCUAGUAUUUGAUGUUGUCUACGCCAUUAUUGUACCAAAGGCCUGUAAGUAUGUACAUAUGCUAUUCUUUACACGUUAUGUAUCAUUCUCAGAGUAUUUUAUUGUGUAAACGUGAGAUCCUUUUUGUGGUUGAAUGCCCUUGUGUAAAGUGAAAUCAUGUGCCAUGCAUUUAGUCAGUGAUAUGCAGAGCUAACUACUGGUUUCCAUAACUAUCUUAGAUAAAAAUGUGUAAAUACCCUUGUGUAAAGUGAAAUACUGUUCCAUUCGAUUAAUCAGUGAUAUGCAGGGAUAUGUCACUGAAAUAAACAUAAACUCAAUAUGCAUUUCAGAUAUUGCAUAAUAAUUCCAUGCAUUCCAGCAGUUUAUUACACAUAGCCUACCAGAUGGAUUAUUCAUCUCUGUUGUCCAUAAAUCAUAAAAAGGUAUCAAGCUCAAAGGACUGUCCAUCCUACCUUGUGCUUGAGAUAAUAUCUACUCCUCCACAAGUAUUGUCUUCCCAGGGGAAACAGAAGAUUUGAACUCAUUCCCUUAAGGGGAACAAUCCCUCAACACAAACAUGCACUGGAAAUGCAUGUCCUAUAUGUUUAUUCAUGUCAUAUGACUGGCCAGGUGCUUUUCAGGUGCGGGUUACAGAACGGGGCCUUGAGGCUCACUUUAUUGAGAGGACUGAGCAAACAUAGUGUUAAAAAAUAAAAUAAUAAUUAAAACCUAAUGGCAAAUAGAGUAGUGAAAAUAAGAGAACAACUACUAGUUUCCAGAGAUAUCUUAUAUAAAAAUGUGUCUACUCUCUCUUAGCAGACACGGACAUUUUUUCUCUCAUCCUUACAUAAAAGAGGGAGAGGAUGAUAGCAGUUUAUACCCUGGAUAAAUAACUUUCAUGUAAGAACAGUUAAUAAAAACAAAACAAACCACAAGUAUGCUAGCAUUCGAGUACAAGGAGUGGCUUGUCAGCACAAAACAAGUCUGUUUUUUAGGCUAAUGUUAGUGGCAUUGUCCACUUAGACUUAUGAGCAGGAGUUAUAGUAAAUAGUGAAUGACUGAAUCCUCCAAGUCAAAGUUAGAGAUUGAUGAUAAAUAAUGUAAUUUAAUCCAUCCAGGCGUAUUCAAAAGUCUCAUUCUCCAGCAGCAAAAGCAUGCAGUGAUAUUUCUCUCCACUCUGUCACUUUCACAGACCACUGAGAGAAUUUCUGAGGACGCUGGGGUUGACAUUAGUGCAGGCCUAGUGGAUGACUGUUUGUGUUAUGAGAAAACGGUGCCAAAAUAAGUCUAAUUUAAUUUGAAGUCUGCAGUGCAAUGUCUGGAAUCUACGGCAUUGAUCAUUUAUAGCUAGGGAAUGACCUCACCAGGUCAGCAGGUUAAGAAAACCAUCAACCUACGAUUUGCUAUUAAAUCAGAUCAAAGUUUAUUGGUUGUGUACUCAGUUUAGCAGGUGUUAUAGUGGGUGCAGCAAAGUGGUUAUGUUACUAACUUCUAACAAUCUAGUCAAAUGUCAAACAAUUCAAAUGAAGGGGGAAGAAAAUCAAAAGCGGAAGAACCAAUCUGAUUAACAACCCAAAUACACUGUAGCAGUAAUCAAAUGCAAUCUACAUGUACAGAAUCAAACAAACGUUUGAACACACCUACUCCUUCCAGGUUUUUAAUAAUAUUAUUCUUACUGUUUUCUACAUUGUAGAAUAAUAGUGAAGACAUCAAAAAUAUGAAAUAACACACAUGGAAUCAUUUAGUAACCAAAAAAGUGUUAAACAAAUCAAAACAGAUGUUAUAUUUGAGCUUCUUCAAAAGCAGCCACCCUUUGCCUUGAUGACAGCUUUGCACACUCUCUGUCCAAUCUUUUGACUGGUACUGUAUGUACACCGAGGGGAUUUACACAAGAUCAGCUAAGAAUAACAGUAUGACAAUGAGUGAUAAGGAGUUGACAUGAUAGCACAAACAGAUCUGUGACCAGGCUAAGGAACUUCUAUCAGUCACACAUACUGUACAACAGAGUUCAAUGUACUCAUUUAUCUAAAAAACACUUGUUAAAGUGGCGAUCAGCAGUAGAAACAAUAACAAAGUGUACUCCACGCCCAUAUUUUGGUAAAAAGCUGAGGGAUGUUGCUGUAGAACAUUUAGUUUGUCACAUGCUUCGUAAACAACAGGUGUAGACUAAGCCAAUAGCUUCAGUUAAUGUAACCACUCUUAAAUUCAUAGACAUAGCUAUGGAUGCAAGGACUGACCAUCCAUUAUAUAAAACCUGUCUUUUUAACCAUGUUUGAGGCUAUAUUGUGUUUGUUUACAUUUACUUGGUGUAAACAUUGGAGUAAGAAGCUUAUAUUUGGGGUUUUGACGGGGUUCGAUAGUUGAACUAUGCUCAUGAGGCAUUUUUACGUUAUAUUCUUCAAGAAUCGGUGGCUACAUAUCGUUAAUUUAAGUCCAGAAAUGUAUGUAGCAACUGCUGAUUGCCCUUUUAAAGCCUUACCACAAUACACCAAUUUCAAUAAUACACUGAACUAGUGCCAAGGACAGAGGCAUGCUGUACAGUGUGUACAGUGUACAGACUCUACGUGUUUCUUGAUCAGGGCUGGCCAUGCAAGACAAGGGAAACUCCAAACACCUGCUUGUCUCCAGCGGUGACUGUAAAUAAAAGUCCAAAUGGUAUUUUCAUUUCAUCUGAAAUUAAAAUGGCCACCAUUUACAAGAACAGACCUGAUAAAAUCUGUUCCCCUCACAACAGCUGUUCUGGUAAAUAAAACAAGCAACCCCACCCUUCCCUCCAAAACACAUUAAUCACACAAAGUAAAACAGGAAAGUGUGUGGAGAUAAUGAGGGGGGGAAACCCAUAAUGACUGCAAAAUUGUCAUUCAUUCUUUUUGACUUCUACAGCAUCUCUGUCAUAUCCUUUGUCC